CCCGGCCCGCGUAGCCUCCCCCGGCCGUGUCCGCGCCGUGCGCCCCUCCCCUGGCCCGCGUAGCCUCCCCCGGGGUGUCCGCGCCCGCGCCGUGCGCCCCGCGCCCGCCAGGCCCGAUUCGGAGCGCGCAGGUGGCGGCGCCAUGUGGAGGUGACGUCGCGCGCGGCUCGGCCGGGGAUGGAAGGGGAGAGCCUGGCCUGGCUGCUGGUCCCGCUGCACAGCCUGGUGUCGUGGGGCGCGGCCGGGGCCAUGGUCUUCGGCGGGGUGGUGCCCUACAUCCCGCAGUACCGGCACAUCCGCAGGACGCAGAGCGCCGACGGCUUCUCCACCUACGUUUGCCUGGUGCUGCUGGUGGCAAACAUUCUCCGGAUCCUGUUCUGGUUCGGACGGCGUUUUGAGUCUCCCCUCCUGUGGCAAAGCAUCAUCAUGAUCUUGACCAUGCUGCUGAUGUUGAAACUCUGUACUGAAGUCCGCGUGGCGAACGAGCUGAACAUCAAACGCCGCUCCUUUGCAGCUGCAGAUAGUAAGGAUGAAGAAACCAAAGCCCCCCCCAGGUGGUCCUAUCUCGACUUCGAUCCCCGGCACUUCUGGCACUGGAGCAGCUUUGGGGACUACGUGCAGUGUGUCCUGGCCUUUGCCGGUGUGGCCGCCUACGUCACCUACCUGUCCAUCGACUCGACGCUGUUCGUGGAGACGCUGGGCUUCCUGGCCGUGCUGACCGAGGCCAUGCUGGGCGUGCCGCAGCUCUACCGAAACCACCGGCACCGCUCCACCGAGGGCAUGAGCAUCAAGAUGGUGCUCAUGUGGACGAGCGGCGACACCUUCAAGACUGCCUACUUCCUGCUCAAGGCUGCGCCCCUGCAGUUCUCCGUGUGUGGCCUCCUGCAGGUGCUGGUGGACCUGGCCAUCCUGGGCCAGGCCUACGCCUUCGCCCGCCACCCCCAGAAGCCGGUGCCCCACGCAGCACACCCGGCCAGUGCCAAGGCCCUCUGAGGCCACCAGGGAGGACAAGCAUGCCUACCUGGGCUGCAGGCGCCGGCUGGCCCUGUGCGCCCCCUGUGCGGGACGGUGGGCCUCGAAGUGCCCACAGGUGGUCAGCUGGGUGUGGUGGUGUCAGGGUGGGCACUGGGCAGGGGCUCGCCGCAGAGGACAGCAGAGUGGGCGUUACCCAGGGGCCGGGUGUGCAUGUGUCUGAGGGGGCGACAAAAGCAAGUGUCUACCACACUUUGGCCUAAAGCUCCGGCCUCGCCCCUCGCCCCCGUCCCAGGCCAAGGCUGUGCCGGGCAGGUGGGCCUGGAGGCUGGGUACCGGGGAGAGCUGGAGUCGGGAGCUGGCUCCGCCCGGCGCGCCGUCCCAGCUGCCGUCCCGCUGCUGCUGCUGCGGCCCCGUUCCCUGGACGUGUCGGCCCUGCGCGCGCUCUGCUGUCUGGCUGAGCCAGGAGCCGCUGCGCGGAUGCCGGGCACCAGGUGCAGCCCCCGUGGGCCGCACCUGUGCUCACUCAGGCCAGGCCCAGCCCUGACCGCUGCCCCUGCUGUGGUGGUGGGAGGUGUCUGCGGCCGCUGCUCCGCCUUCUCCUCAGAGAAAACUCCUGAAUGAGGCGCUGGCUCAGCUCCGAGGCCUGCUGGAUGCUUUAAAAAUGUUUAUUUUUAAAAGCGGA